AGGCAGGCUAGAUCCGUCCUCUGAGCCUAGCUUCUAUAUAUUCCGCUCCCCUGUGAGCCAGUGUGUCUUUCACUCAGUAUUGUGAACCGAAGCUAUUGGCUCCUGAUGUCAGCUUCACAGGAGAGAUGAAAGCUGCGUUUGGUUUGCAGAGAGCAGAAAGCGGGUUGUCACAACAGAGGCCAAGAGACCCCAGGGUGGAGGUACAAAGGCGGGAGCACACUCUGGUGCUGAGCAUAGCAGUGGUGUGAGAAAUCCAAGCAGUGACCGCUCGUUGUGAUGGCAGCCAGUGUUUGUGUUGCAUAACGCACAGCCGUCAGACCAGUGGCAAUAAUAGUCCAGAAAGUAUGCACUAAGUGAAGUCUAUUGAACUGAAUGGAAAGAGGAGGAGGGUGUUGAGCAUGUGGGAGCCGGAGGAAAGACUUGACCCACUGCUAGUAUAAAAUAACACACAGAGUGCAGUGUUUAUUUUUUUUCUAGAUAUUCCAAGAUUAUAAUUAGGAACAAUAAGAAGCAUUAGGAAGGUGGAUGGAUCUGAUAAAUGGAAACAAUUUAAAUUGAUAUAAAAAUUCACAUCGGAAUUGACCAAAUAUUUCAGUUAUAUAUGUUCCUAAAAGGAUGUGCACAUUGCACCCUACAGCUUGUUGGCGUGUUCCGAUCAUUCCAGCAUACCUGUUGAUUAAACAGCCAUCCUACACUGUAAAGGGGACUCAGGAUAAGGGAGGUGAGAAAGCCACAUGGAAGGAUAGUGAAAGGUGGGGCUGUACUGGGACACAAAGUGAGCGACAACUGGUGAGGCAGGAGAAAUGACAGCAGCAGAGUUAACAUGAUCAGGCUGCCUGACAGCGUGGAAACGACGCAAUAUUAACACUUCUGAUUACGAACGGAGGGGGAGAGGUCUGAAAGCUGGUUUGUGCUGGAGGCGGACAGAGCGUUGGCACAAGACGAGGAACAGAGAGGGAGAGAGCUCAGUCUUGUGUGCAUGCAGAGUCUCUUAUCUGGGUCUCCAUACAAGAUCUGGGAGCAAUACAGGCUUGCAUCAAUCUACGGAGCAAAAACUCCCACCAACAGAUCCAGUUAUUGUCAACCUUUUUUAAAUAUUUUUAAAGCAUUUUUUUAGAUGCGGGAAAGAGGCAAGACAAACUGAACAAAGAUCCUCCAGCUGAACUGAAAAUGACUGCUGAAGCAGCUAAAGAACUCGAUGAGUUAUGUUUCCUGUCAGCGCAGUCCAUUACCAGCCUGAAAGUAUCUGAACACUUUCAGAUGAUAAAGCGCCUGGGAGAGGGGUCGUAUGGAAAGGUUAUGCUGGCUGUGCACAGGAAAAGAGGAACUCCGAUGGCGCUGAAGUUCUUCCCGCGGAAGUCUACCUCCUUGGUCUCAUUCCUGCGUGAAUACAAUCUGUCCCUUUUAUACUGCACCCAUCCUUCGCUGACCCGAGCCCUCGGUAUCUUCUUCUCCACACCAUCCUAUUAUGUGUUUGCCCAGCAACCCGGUCUCUAUGGGGACCUCUACAGUGUUAUUGUGUCAGAGGUGGGGUUGGAUGAAGACCGUGUUCAAAGUGUUAUGUCUCAGUUGAGCGGCGCUGUCACUCACCUCCACUCCCUGGGCUUUGUCCACCGGGACAUCAAGCCUGAGAAUGUCUUCCUGUGUGAUAGAUCGUGCAGCUGGGUCAAACUGGGAGACUUCGGCCUCACCCGGGCGACUGGCACCACCGUUCGGGCUGUGUGGUACGAGUCGCCUUUCUGCACUCCUGAGGUGGAAGUUGCCAAAGAGGCAGAGAUAGAGAUGGAGAAAAAGCAGCACGAGGGGCGUGAAGAUAUCGUGGAGGACAUCUGGAUAACGGUGGAGCCCAGCAUUGACAGCUGGUCCCUCGGUGUUCUCAUCUAUUGCUUACUGACUGGCUGCUUUCCUUGGGAGGAGAGCACUCACGAUGACUGCGGCUACAGGAAAUACACGGAGUGGUUUGGCCGAGAGGUGGAAAAAGAGGACAGUCUGAGAGAUUUACAGUGUAAACAGGGCAAUGGUUAUAAAGCUAUCGAGCAACAAGAAAGGGAAAACUCUCCUCCCUCUCAGUUUGACGGCCUCACACCGUUCGUGAUGACUCUUUUAAAGGAGCUCCUCCACCCUGAUCCCAAGAAAAGAGGAAGCCCAGAGGAGAUCCUCAGCUACCUGGGAGAGCCGUGGCUCAUGGAGACAGCUAGAGAGGAGAAGAGGAGAGCGGAGGAGGCCGAGAAGGAAGCAAGAAAAAUCAGAGAAAGAGGGGAGUUAGAAGAGGAGCUGCUCAGGGAAGGAAAAGGGGAGAGAUAAAUGUGUUUUUUAAUAAGAUAUGUUUUCUAAAAUAUAGUUACACUGUGGUGCAAGAUGAUUGUAGAUAUUACUACAGCCUAAGUGCAUAGGGUGCUGCAUUUUUCACUUUUGUAAAUACCAGUGAUCAAGUUUUCACUUUUAUAUUUUUAAAUGUGUGUUUUAGAAUUAAUAACAGAGGUAGAGUCCGAUUUUGUAAACAAUCUGUAUUUUAUUGACAGAAAAAAUGUGUAAUAAAAUUGUUUACAGUGGAAAAGUCAUUUUGUUUCUGUUCAUACAGUUAUAGUGAUUGACUUUAUUUUUCAUGAAAGUGGUGAGACUGCAUGGAUUAAAGUAUUUGAGUAAAACACAUAAAAUAAGUCAGUUAAACAAGGAACAAAUCUGAGGAAGGUUACAUGAGCUGUAAGCUGCAGGGCAAUCUGGCUUUCUACAUAUAACAUAUUUCCCGUUUUGUUAAUGUUUUGAAAUAAUUUUAAAGUCUUCUAGCUACAGUCUGUUUUUUACUUAUCAGAGUAAACGAUGAUUAACAACAAUCAGGUGCAACAUAGAAUUCAGUGACUUGUCUAUGCCAAGGACAUGUCAACAUUUGGUGCCAAGGCUACAGAUCAAACUACCAACUUUUUGGCAGACAGCUGAUCCACCUCAUGCACUCCAUGAAGAUCUCUGUCGCUGCUGGCGCUCUGAGAAAUUUAGUCUGGCAUCUGUGCACAAGGAUACAACUGCAAACAUUUGAUCCAAUGGUUGAAAUAGAGGAGAUUUUUAGACAAAAGUUGGUUUAAAAUGAUCUUUCUUAAAAAAAAAAAAAAAAAAAAAAAAAAAAAAA